AUGUUUGAGAAAAUAUUCUCGAUUUUCGAUAGAUUUUCCACCUCUUUCCAAGUUCUCUCCGAUCUCCAUCUUGAGGUCAAUCAACAAUACCUAUCUUUUGAGAUCCCCGUAUGCGCCAAACAUCUCAUCCUCGCCGGUGAUAUUGGGCGAUUAGUGGACUACGACAACUAUCGCUGUUUCUUACAAAAGCAAACAGACCGAUUCGAACUUGUCUUUCUGGUACUCGGAAACCAUGAGUUCUAUAAUGACACCUUUGCAGCAGGACUACAAAGGGCUAGGCAACUCGAGCAGGAACCUUCUUUGAACGGGCGCCUCAUCCUCCUCCACCGGGGACGAUACGAUAUUCCAGAGUCCCAUUUUACUAUCCUUGGCUGUACACUCUGGUCUAGAAUUCCCGAUGAGACCAGGGGCGUUGUCUCGUCGAGGAUACAAGACUUCAAAAAAAUUCGAGAUUGGACUGUUAAUGAUCAUAAUGGAGGUCAUGAGGCGGACCUUGCCUGGCUGCUGAGCGAGAUAGAGCUAAUACGAAGCAAGAACAAGGCACAGAACAAAAAGCAAUCUGUACUCGUCAUGACGCACCAUGCCCCGUCCCUCCAGGGCACAUCCAGCCCGCAGCACGCGAACAACCCUUGGAGCUCCGCCUUUGCAACUGAUAUCCUCUCGCAGAUCUCAAAGUCAAGUGGCGUCAAAGUUUGGGUUUUUGGACACACACACUACACCACGGAGCUGAGAAAUAAGGGAAUACGACUCGUUGCAAAUCAACGGGGGUAUGUGCUUCCGUGGACUGAUUCGUCGAAGGGGUCGAAAGAUGGGUUUGACAUUGGGAAAGUCAUACACGUAUGAUCCCGCGAGAUUCUUGGUAUUCGUGUAAGAAACGCCGCGUCUUGGGUGCGUCAGCAGGCAGCCCAAUGUAAUAGUUACACGGAGGACAUAUGUGUAACAUGGCUAGAAAUAUAUCCAGAACAUUGCACUCAUCAUCUUCCAUAGAUGAAUAUAACACAAAGGAUCCCUGGCACUUAGAGAUUUGUUGAUGGCAUUCUUAGGGGGGUUCCAGCCAGGAUUUUUAUAUACCAAACAAAGUCACCUAUUCUUAGCACAUUCAAAAGAGUUAUAUUGGGCAAGGUCUGCUAGUUGAAGUUUGCAAUGCCUAAACCCUUCAGCACACCUGUGUGCUUCAAGUUAAAAAUAAACUUGAAUUAGCUUACAGCCACUUCAGGAAUCAGUACACUUUUCACU